GAGGAAAGCUAUUUCCGCGCGGUAACUUGAAGCAAUGCUCUUACGGACAGUACUAGGAGGUACUCGAUUUUUGCUGGCAGCUCGUGAAGGAAAUUCUUCGGGCCAGCAAUGUUUCAGGUGGUGGCAGCUCCUGCAGAAACGGGCACAACACAGUGCAGUUUCAGAAGCAGCUUCACAUUCCAGAGUGGCAGUACCACCUGUACCCAAUGCUGUGACAGACCGAACAAUAGGACGUUGGCUCAUAAUCUGCAGUGGUACUGUGGCUGGAGCUGUGGUGCUCGGUGGCAUAACUAGGUUGACAGAAUCUGGGCUUUCAAUGGUUGACUGGCACUUAGUGCGGGAGAUGAAGCCUCCUCAAACACAGGAGGAAUGGGAGACAGAAUUCCUAAAGUAUCAGCAAUUUCCAGAGUUUAAAAUCCUGAACCAUGACAUGACACUGACAGAAUUCAAAUUCAUCUGGUACAUGGAGUACUCACAUCGUAUGUGGGGGCGACUUGUGGGGUUGGCUUAUAUCCUCCCAGCAGCCUACUUCUGGAGAAAGGGCUACUUGAGCCAAUCCUUGAAAGGUCAUGUCCUCGCCCUAUGUGGGCUUGUCUGCUUUCAGGGUCUUUUGGGCUGGUAUAUGGUCAAAAGUGGAUUAGAGGACAAGCCAGAUUCCUGUGAUAUCCCUCGGGUCAGUCAAUAUCGUUUAACUGCACAUCUGGGAUCUGCUCUUGUUCUUUACUGCUACAGCUUAUGGACUGGGCUAUCCUUGUUGCUACCACAACAUAAGCUACCUAAAAUCCAACAACUAUUACGCCUAAGAAAAUUUGCUUAUGGGACUUCAGGACUCAUCUUUCUCACUGCCCUCUCAGGAGCAUUUGUGGCUGGACUGGAUGCUGGUCUUGUAUAUAAUUCCUUUCCUAAGAUGGGAGAACGCUGGAUACCUGAUGAUCUCCUUGCUUUUUCCCCAAUGGCAAAGAAUAUAUUUGAGAAUCCCACAACAGUGCAGUUUGAUCACAGAAUCCUGGGCAUUUCCUCAGUUGCAGCCAUCACAACUCUCUAUCUACUUUCCAGGAAGAUCUCCCUCCCACGUAGAACAAGAAUGGCAUUUGCUUCCUUAUUGACUGUAGCAUAUCUUCAGGUCACCCUGGGUAUCAGCACAUUACUUCUGUAUGUCCCAACUCCUUUAGCAGCUACUCAUCAAUCAGGUUCUUUGAUGUUGCUCAGUAUGGCUGUGUGGCUAAUUCAUGAACUCAGAGGGAUUCCUAAAUAGUCUUAGCUCAAGCACUGAAGGUUCAGAAUUAAUACCUUUACAAUAUGAACCAUGCGAUCCUCUGCCUGGGAGCUGAAUUGAAGAAGAGGAGUGUAUAGAAAGCUACCUUGGCUUCAUUCAUGUGGAGAACACUGCUUCAAAAUAUUAUGAAUACAAACCAUCAUCUGUUUUGCUGGCCUUUUUCAUGUUAUAAAAUUACCGACACUAUAUCUGGCUAUUCCUCAUGUCCUUCAAUAGUUUAUUGAAGAUAUAACCACAAACAAUUUCAGUGGUGUCUAUCUUAAAUUCUAUAUAUAAAAGAUGACAUGAUGCGGAAUAGGAUUAUGGACCGAAUGUCUUUGAAAAUUUGGAAGUAUUUAUAUUAUGUGAAGGAUUGGGAAAUGCAGUUUAUAUUCUAAAUUCUAUACAAGUGUGUGCUUUCAUGUUUCUUUUAAUGGAAUCUUGUUCAUUUUUAAAUAUUAAAAUAUAUUAUGAGUUCUAAGUAAACAUCAUAAACGUAGCUUUUUUCAUCCACUUUUUUCAUGCAACCUAUUAAUAUGUUAAAAGAGAAAACCAUGUAAUUACAUUUUA